GAAAGCCAAAAUUAAAGUUAUCAUUCCAGACAACGUAAAAUUGAAAAAAAAAAUUGUUUUGGCUGUCAGAAAAGUAGCUUUGAGAUGUCUGAGAAAACUCUGGGUUCUUACCGCGAUAUAGAUUGUGCGCGCUGGUACCGUGGAAUGUCCGCCGUGCAGACGGAGGCCUGUGAUGGAUUGCUCCACGCCCUUCGCGAUGACUUGGAACAGGAAUCUACUUACAGGGUGCGCCGCUGUGUCCACCAACUGGGCCUCCAUCCACUGGUGGAUACAUCGCAGAUCAAAGUCCUCAUGGCCAUGAGCCAGGGCAACGAUCUGGCCUUCUUGUGGUUCCUCUGGGAGUUGGCCUACAAGAGUCCCCAAAAGUGCCGAAAGGAUAGCGAGGAUUCGGAUUCGGAUUCGGAAUACUAUACGGUUAACGAACAGUUGUUGCUGUCUGGUAUUGCCCAUCUGGAUAUGCCCUCCACCUUGAGAGCCUUGGAUGCCCUACUGCCACCUGCCACUCAUUCGAAAAAGAGGACCUCCCAAAGAAAAGAUAUUUCGCAUAAGGGUUUAGUUAAGAUACCCCCAAGUAUUGAUCCUAGAAAUCGUGUCCUGCCCUACUUUGCUUCCCAAGUGCGUCCUCGUGAAUUUAUUCCAAAGUCCCAUUUCCAAGAUCCAAAGAACAAGCUGCGCUUCCCUGAGUACUCGCAGUAUAGCGAUUUUAUGCACCAAAUUCCGAAUGAAAAGUCUCGUUGGUUUGCCCAUUACCAAUUUUUUCCUGCCAAAAGGAUAGUAACCAAGUUACUCUCGGAGCAUCUCGAUGGCUUAACCCUAAAACCUAGGUCGGAAGAAAGCGAUCCUCUGUGUGAGACUCAUCAGAUGAAAGUCAACUCGACUUUUCAGCACUGCAUAUCUCAGUUGGAUGUUUCAAAAGCUGAAUUAAGGGAUCGGCGUAAACGCACCUUACAAGAUAUAGAAAAAAAUAUCGAGUGCUUACGACCAAGACCUUUAGGCCAAGUUAAAAGCUUUCAGAAAGAGGUCGGAUCUCGUAAAUGGUGCAAACAUAUGACUUCCUCAACCCAAAAGGCCACAAGAAAGAAGGAAGAUAUUUCCCUGUUGAUGGAUCUGGCUGAAGAUGGGCACAGGAUGGAUUUAUCCAGAAUAACCUCGCAGGAUAAGUUUGUACAGGUUAUGCUAAUGCAAAGGAAUAAAUCUCAAUGCGCUGGGGCUGGCGACUGUAAAUUUCUGGAUGUCAAGUGUGAUCUGGAAGAACAAAACGAUUUAAACAUAAGCCCUAAGCGUAAGAAGAGUAGGACAACCCAUAAUCAAAUCCGUAGAUCUCGAAAAUCUGCAAAAAGCAUUGUGGAGGAAGAGCCGCAUUUACCAACUACCAACUUCGAGAAACUCGCCGAUCGAAUUCCCGCCUGCAGUCGAACUUUGCGAUGUCUGAUAAAAAAGCGGUGUCCUGAAGAAGAAACUUUCACUACCAGAACACUUGAUGGCUUCCAGUUGAACUACCAUAAGAUUUUCGAUCUACCGGCGAUUCCCGAAGAGCACAUGCCCUGGGAGGAUGAUGUUUUAGAUCUGGAGGACAAGCGACCAGUGAUUGAAAAGCUGUUAAUUGAUUCUUUAAAAGACGGGGAAUCCAAGUCAGUAAAGGAGUUGCAAAGGGAUAAAUCUUUGCCUCCUGUUCUAAAAGCAGCUGCCAAUUGUGCGGUGGACAUGUUCCGCACGAAUGUGGAAGAAGUGGUAGAAACCCCACCUGUUAAAGAACAAGAACUUAACUAUAUUAUAGAUCCAAACAACAAGCAACAGAUUGAGGAUCUUUUAAAGGAAGCUCUGCAGGUGCUCCGUAGAAACCCUCACUUCGUUUUGGCCACCUUCUCCAAUGUCCACAAAAUGCCCGUGCUACUGGAUUGGGUGGCGGAUCGCUAUGGCAAGACCUUCAGCAGGGAUCAGAUGAAGGAUCUCGUAAAGUCAUCCUAUCGGAUCUACGAAAGGGUCUAUCAGGAUGAGAAGCAUCACAGGACGGAAAUUCUGAGUGUGAAGAAAACCUUUCCUGGUUUCGGGAUUGGUUCUAACUAUGGCAGCUAUAACAAGUUCAUGUGUCAGGUUAGGCAGAGGAGGUCCGAGUACCAUGACAAACUCAAUAAUCUGGCUCUGGAACAGUCGCGUCUCACCUGGUUGGCCCUGCGGGGAUACUCCCACCUGGGUGGCCACAUCAGGGACACCUUCUUCGCCUACAUGCCCGCCAAAUAUGUAGAUCUCAGACGCCAACACGUUUGGAAAUCCGACGAUUACCGGAAUAUGGUCAAACUCCGGCUGAGAACCCAUUUUCCCAUUUGAGAUGGGUCUUCCAAAAGGCAAAUGGAAAAUACAUGAAUGUCUAUGGUUUUCCAUCUGCCAUUUGGAAUACUCAUCGAAAAGGUUCGAUAAAAUCCGUUCGAAAAACAUUCAAUAAAAUCUGUCCCUCGCCAUUUGCGGGCGACUACUUAUGUAAACCAAACUAUGUAUA